AUGCUAGAGCACAAAUACGGAGGUCACCUGGUAUCUCGCAGGGCAGCCUGCACCAUCCAAACUGCUUUCCGACAAUAUCAGCUCAGCAAGAACUUUGAGAAGAUCCGCAACUCACUGCUGGAGAGCCGCAUGCCACGCCGCAUCUCUCUGAGGAAAGUCCGGGUCCAGAACUCUGAGAGCUUCUCUGCUGAGAAAGCCCUAGUAGAGGGAUACAACUUUGUGGGCAUCCCCUUGGUGAGGUCCCCAUCUUUGCCAGCCACAAUCAGUGGAGCACUGACUGAGCUGGAGGACUCCUUCACGGAACAAGUUCAGUCCCUGGCCAAGUCUAUUGAUGAUGCUCUGAGCACCUGGAGCUUGAAAACCAUGUGCUCACUGCAGGAUGGGGGCUCAUACCAGAUAAGAGAGACCUUCAGUGCCAGUUCAAUGCAACCAAACCAAGACUUAGAAGCUGAGCUGCAGGACAAGGAGAAGGAGGAAGGGCUUCUGCCAGAUACCCUACCUAAGAGCAGCAGCACUCUUAUGAUGGCUUUUCGAGAUGUCACGGUCCAGAUUGACAACAAGAAUAUCUCUGUCUCAUCGUCUACCUCGGUGUCCAUGGCAAACUGCCUGAGCAGCAAUGCCCAGGCUGGGCUCUCUCAAGCCUCCAAGUCUGAAGAAAGCCAGGGAGAAGGGGAGGGAGAAGACAGUGAACCGCAGGCUGCCCCAGAGUGCUUACCUGAGACAGAAGCUCUCCAGAACAGCCACACUUUCACUGAAGUGAACAUUAGCACUAAUGGCAUGGGGGACAGCAAUGAGGAGCCUGUGCAGAUGGCAGUGCAGAAGCUCCAGUUUGAUGCUAACAAUGAGACGGGGCAAAGCAAAGGCUCUGAAUCUGAGAAUGCAGACAACUCAGAGCAGCUGAGCAGCAGCAGCACCUCUACUUCAGCAAAGUCAGCCUCUGAGGUGUCCUCAAAAGAAGCACUGCAAGCCAUGAUCCUCAGCCUCCCACGGUACCAUUGUGAGAACCCAGCUAGCUGCAAGUCCCCCACACUUUCCACAGACACCAUGAGGAAACGCCUCUACCGCAUCGGGCUGAAUCUCUUUAAUAUAAACCCAGACAAAGGGAUCCAGUUCCUGAUCUCCCGGGGCUUCAUCCCAGACACUCCUAUUGGGGUGGCACACUUCCUGCUCCAGCGGAAGGGCCUCAGCCGCCAGAUGAUUGGGGAGUUCCUGGGCAACAGCAAAAAACAGUUCAACAGGGAUGUCCUGGACUGCGUGGUGGACGAGAUGGACUUCUCAGGCAUGGAGUUGGAUGAAGCGCUGCGGAAAUUCCAGGCUCACAUCCGUGUGCAGGGGGAGGCACAGAAGGUUGAGCGGCUAAUUGAGGCUUUCAGCCAGAGGUACUGCAUGUGUAAUCCAGAUGUGGUCCAGCAGUUUCACAACCCAGACACUAUCUUCAUCUUGGCCUUUGCAAUCAUCCUCCUCAACACGGACAUGUACAGCCCCAACAUCAAGCCUGACAGGAAGAUGAUGCUGGAGGACUUCAUUCGCAAUCUGAGAGGAGUGGAUGAUGGUGCUGACAUUCCACGGGAGCUGGUGGUAGGGAUCUAUGAGAGGAUACAGCAGAAAGAACUAAAGUCCAAUGAGGACCAUGUGACAUAUGUCACCAAGGUGGAGAAGUCCAUAGUUGGAAUGAAAACGGUUCUCUCUGUGCCCCAUCGCCGAUUGGUCUGCUGCAGCCGCUUGUAUGAAGUGACUGAUGUGAACAAAGUGCAGAAGCAGGCAGCUCACCAAAGGGAAGUUUUUCUCUUCAAUGACCUGCUAGUGAUCCUCAAGCUUUGCCCCAAGAAGAAAAGCUCCUCGACCUACACGUUUUGCAAGUCUGUUGGCCUGCUGGGCAUGCAGUUCCAUCUCUUUGAGAAUGAAUAUUACCCCCAUGGCAUCACACUGGUGACUCCAGUUUCGGGCUCAGAAAAGAAACAGGUACUGCACUUCUGUGCUCUGGGAGCCGAGGAAAUGCAGAAAUUUGUGGAAGAUCUGAAAGAGUCAAUAGCAGAAGUGACAGAGCUGGAGCAGAUACGUAUUGAAUGGGAGCUGGAGAAGCAGCAAGGGGCAAAGACUCUCUCGCUACGGAGCAAUGGAGCCCAGAUAGAACCACAGUCCAAGCAGAGUUCUCCAACAGGCAAGAAGGAUUUGGGGGAGAAGGUCUCGGACAGCACAGUGGAGGUAUUAAUCAAUGCCUCCCCAGCCAGACUGACAAUUUUACCAAUUUCCAGAGAUACAAUUAAAAGUUACUGCUAGGACGGGUAAUACAACUUUCAAAUCCAAACUAAACUUCAAAGCAUUUUCAAUCCGUUUUUAUAACUGUAACAUCCCUCAUGGACCAAGCUCCCGAACGCUGUAGACUAACCCACCCCACUGCUUAUGGGGAGACUGAGAACCCCACUAAAGACUUCCCUGACAUGCUAACUCCAUGCAGCAUCACAUGCAAAUUCCCCUGCAGCCCAGCUUUCCUGCAUAAUCUCUGCAGCUGUCUCUCCAUCCCUUGAAGGGGAUUAAGCAUGGCCUUUUUAUAUCAGAGACUUUUCCCAGAGCUUCACCUUCCUAGAUAGGGAGCUUGGCUGUCCUGUAUGCUUCUAUCUUCACAGGGAUGUCUAGCACCCAUGGG